CGCGCACACGCGCACACAGCCUCCACAACCUAGCGAUGCUGCACGUGGAGUCUUUCUGUUCCACAGUCAGCGAGCCGCAGUUUCUCCGCUAACUUACACGCCAUCGUUCGGUCGCGCAGCAGCAGACCCACACACCCGCGCACACACACGCACGCACGCACGCGCGCGCCGUGGACUCGGCCGGGCGGAGUUUCUGUGGGACUUUCAGCUCGUCCUGCAUCGGUACCAAACUGCGCUCGGGGCGGCUGAACCCCGGAAUGGAGCCCCUGCGCUUUUGAGGGACAAAACCAUUUUCCCCGGACAAAUCAGGAGAGCGGAGCAGCUGACCAAAGCUCCGGCGAAUAUUUGGUCACUUCCAGAAACUUUUUUUUUUCCCGCAGAGCAUCAUGAGAACCGCUCUACGUUUCUCCAACCGUUUCGGAACUUAAAGCAGAUCAGUUAGCAGAAAACCGAAGACAAGAAAAGUACCGUUUGGUGUGGAUAGUGAGAUUAUGCCACAUUUCCAGCAGGACUGCACGCGCUUCGAGGAAUUCUAAAAACACCUCCAGGAAAGUGGGAAUGAUGCCACACUCAAUGGGAAUGUUAUUUUUCCUUUUACUCGGAUUACUACACACAAGUGCAGGAUCACGUCUUCGUCAGGAGGACUACCCCCCUCGGAUUGUGGAGCACCCCUCAGACCUGAUCGUGUCGAAAGGCGAGCCUGCCACCUUGAACUGUAAGGCGGAGGGGCGGCCGUCCCCCACCGUGGAGUGGUAUAAGGACGGCGAGCGUGUGGAGACGGACAGGGACAAUCCUCGCUCACACCGAAUGCUCCUGCCCAGUGGCUCCCUCUUCUUCCUGCGCAUCGUACACGGCCGCCGCAGCAAACCUGAUGAUGGCAGCUACGUGUGUGUAGCCAGGAACUACCUGGGAGAGGCGGUCAGCCACAAUGCCUCACUGGAAGUAGCCAUCCUGCGUGAUGAUUUCAGACAGAACCCUGCAGAUGUGAUGGUGGCAGAAGGCGAACCUGCCGUGCUGGAAUGCCAGCCACCUCGUGGCCAUCCAGAGCCCACCAUUUCCUGGAGGAAAGAUGGAGCCAACAUCAACGACAGAGAUGAGCGCAUUACGAUCCGCAGUGGAAAGCUGAUGAUCACUAACGCGCGGAAGAGUGAUGCUGGGAAGUACGUUUGUGUGGGAACCAACAUGGUGGGAGAGCGUGAGAGUGAGAUAGCUGAGCUGACUGUGCUAGAGCGACCGAGCUUCACGCGAAGGCCAAGCAGUGUGGUGGUCCUGGCCGACGAGAGUGUGGAGUUUCGUUGUGAGGCGCGAGGAGACCCCUUUCCCACCAUCCGUUGGAGGAAGGAGGACGGGGAGCUGCCCAAGGGGAGGUAUGAAAUACUGGAGGACCACACGUUGAGUUUGCGGCGCGUGACCCCCGCCGAUGUGGGCUCCUACAGCUGCCUGGCUGAGAACAUGGUGGGGAAAGCUGAGGCUUCAGCAACGCUGACCGUGCAUGUCACGUCUGUGCCCCCAGCGUUUGUAGUGCGUCCCCGGAACCAGGUGGUGGGUGUGGGGCGAACAGUUACUUUCCAGUGUGAAGCCACGGGGAACCCCCAGCCUGCCAUCUUUUGGCAGCGAGAAGGCAGCCAGAACCUGCUGUUCUCCUACCAGCCCCCUCAGCCCUCCAGUCGUUUCUCUGUCUCUCAGACGGGUGAUCUGACCAUCAUGGAUGUGCAGCGCUCAGAUGGCGGCCUUUACAGCUGCCAGGCACUCAAUAUCGCCGGCAGUGUCAUCACCAAGGCCCUGCUGGAGGUCACAGACGUGGUUUCGGAUCGGCCUCCUCCGGUUAUUCGGCAGGGUCCAGAGAACCAGACGGUAGCGGUGGAUGGGACAGUGGUGCUGAAUUGCAUAGCAACAGGAACACCCAUGCCAACACUGCUCUGGAGGAAGGAUGGGAUGCUUGUGUCCACUCACGAUUCACGCAUUUCUCAGCUGGACAGUGGAGCUCUGCAGAUCCGUUACACCAAGCUUGGGGAUACAGGAGUGUAUACGUGUGUGGCCACCAGCCCCAGCGGCGAGGCAACGUGGAAGGCCUACCUGGCUGUGGAAGAGUUUGGAGUGGCGGUGCAGCCUGGCAGACCCACCGACCCCAACCUGAUCCCCAGCGCCCCCUCCAAGCCUGAGGUCACUGAUGUUACACGCACCUCUGUCACACUCUCCUGGAAGGCUAACCUUAACGGAGCUACACCAACUUCUUAUAUCAUUGAGGCCUUCAGCCAUGCGUCUGGGAGUAGCUGGGUGACCCUUGCUGACCAUGUGAAGACUGAGUCCUUUGUACUGAAGGGUCUGAAGCCCAGUGCAGUGUAUCUCUUUCUGGUGAGGGCAGCCAACGCCUAUGGCCUGAGUGACCCCAGCCCUAUCACAGAUGCCAUCCGGACACAAGACACCCCUCCCACUAUGCAGGGUGUGGACCACCGUCAGAUACAAAAGGAACUGGGGGAUGUGGUGGUUCACCUGCACAAUCCCACCAUCCUCUCAUCUUCCUCAGUCAGGGUGCAGUGGACGGUGGAGCAACAGUCUCAGUACAUUCAGGGCUAUAAGGUCAUGUACCGUCCCUCUUCUGAGUCAGGUGAGCCCAGAGGUCAGUGGGGUGUGUUUGAGGUACGGACCCCCGGUGAGGAUGGGGUGGUGGUGCCUCAGCUCAAGAAGGGCGUCACCUACGAGUUCAAAGUGCGUCCAUUCUUUGAUGAGUUUCAGGGUGUGGACAGCGAGGUGAAGGUGGUCAGGACAUUUGAAGAGGCUCCUAGUGGGGCCCCACGUGGGGUUACUGUGACUAAGAGUGACACCAAUGGGACAGCCAUCCUGGUCGCCUGGCAACCGCCUCCAGUGGAGGAACAGAAUGGAGUGGUGCAAGAGUACAAGAUUUGGUGCCUUGGCAAUGAGAGCCGUUACCACAUCAACCGGACUGUGGAUGGCUCCACCUUCUCCAUUGUCAUCCCCAGUCUGUCCCCUGGCAUUCGCUAUAGUGUGGAAGUCGCUGCUAGCAACGGGGCUGGCCCUGGGGUCAAGAGUGAUGUCACCUUUUUUCAGCUAGACUCGUCUGGCCAGGUUUUAGAGAGUAUGGAUGACCGGGACACCUUUUCUCACAUCUCUGAUGUGGUGAAACAGCCUGCGUUCAUUGCUGGGAUCGGCGCCACCUGCUGGGUGGUGCUCAUGGUUUUCAGUGUGUGGCUCUAUCGCCACCGUAAGAAGAGGAGCGGCCUCAGCAGCAGCUACGCUGGCAUUCGUAAGGUACCAUCCUUCACUUUCACCACAACAGUGGCCUAUCAGAGAGGAGGAGAUGCUGUAUGCAGUGCUGGAAGGCCUGGCCUAUUGAACAUGGGAGAGACAGCCAAUCAGCCAUGGUUAGCAGACUCAUGGCCAAACACCUGUGCCAAUCACAAAGACUGCAGCAUCAACUGCUGCAAUGGGGGCAAUGGCACAAGCGACAGCAACUUGACCACCUACAGCCGUCCAGCUGAUUGCAUUGCUAACUACAACAGUCAGCUGGAUAAUAAGCAGGGGGUUCUGAUGGGUUCGGACUCUGCAGUCUACAGUGAUGUGGACCUGUCCAACAAACUCAACGAGAUGAAGACCUUUAACAGCUGCUACAUGGGACCUGGAGGCAGUCCUCCUACACCGUAUGAGCCCACACCUUAUGCCACCACCCAGCUCAUCCAGUCAAACAUCAUGAACAAGAACAGUGGGGCGGGGCCUGGCGAUUUCAACGACAAGCGCUGGAAACCCCAACAACCAAAGCCCCCAGAAAUGACAUCACAGCUCCAGUUCAACAUUAUGGAACAAAAUAGACUGAACAAGGAUCAUUAUAGAGGGGGUGAGGUCAGCCUGCCUCCAACCAUCCCCUAUAACCAGGCAAAUGAGCACAGCUCGGCAGGGUCCUACCACAGCUCAGACAGAGGAAGCAACAGCACCUCAGGGAGUCAAAAUUAUAAAAAAGCUACUCGCACACCUAAACUAGCCAAACAGAAUGCAGUGAAUUGGGCUGAGCCACUGCCCCCUCCCCCUCUGAAUCCCCCACCCAGCCGCAGCACUGAGGACUACCUACAGCCCAUGGACAAGAGCUUUGAUCCAGACCCACAGUGCCCCAUGCUUCAGAGCCGCAUGUAUCUGCACCAGGGGGAGAUGGAAGAGGAGGAAGAAGAGCAGGAGAGUAUGGACCGAUGCCCCACGCCGCCUGUCAGAGGGGCGGCCUCUUCCCCUGCUGGAAUGUCCUAUAGUCAUCAAUCCACAGCCACGCUCACCCCUUCCCCUCAGGGGGAUUUGCACCCAGGCCUAAAUAACAACGAGGAACGCAGACGACACACAACGAGUCCCCCUCCUCCACCUCGGCCCCUCUCACCUACUCACACCUAUGGCUACAUCUCUGGCCCAUUAGCAGUGGACAGUGGGACCCUGGAGUUAGAAGGUGAGGAAGAAGGUGAUCAGACAGAUGGAGAGUCGGGCCUUCGGCAAUAUCAACAGCAUCCAGGCUCACAGUAUCACUCUCAGCAGCAGAACCAGCAGCAGCAAGUUCCUCUCUCCCGCCGCCUGCAGCUGCACAGGGGCCUGGAGCAGACCCCUGCCUCCAGCACUGGUGACCUGGAGAGCUCCGUCACAGGUUCCAUGAUCAAUGGCUGGGGUUCUGCCUCCGAGGAGGACAACGCAUCAUCCGGCCGGUCCAGUGCCAUCAGCUCCUCUGAUGGCUCCUUCUUCACCGAUGCUGAUUUUGCCCAGGCUGUCGCCACGGCGGCUGAGUAUGCUGGCCUGAGAGUGGCCCAUUAUCCAGGGCCUGUGGACAUCGGAGGAGGGGGUCAGAAAUACCACAUUGGCCACCGCCCGAGUAGCCCAGUGUCCACAGACAGCAACAUGAGCACUGCAGUGAUGCAGAGGAAGCCACACAAAAGGCACAAGCAGCAUGCAGCUAGUCACCAGAACCACCAGCAGCAGCAACAACCACCACCACCACCAGAGAAUUAUGCAGAUGACCCAUCCGUGCCCUUGAGCCCCGCUCCAGCUGGCCUGAAGUCUCCCAGCCAUGGCUCCAGGUGUAGUUAUGAGGAGAGGGGGGCCACACUGCCCAGGAUGGGCUGUGGAGAAGCCAGAGACAGAAGAGGAAGUGCAGGAGGCUACCGGACGAGAGAGGGAUCAGCCGAUCGACGAGGAGACCAUGAUAGACAUCGGAACCCACAUGGAGGCAAAGGCAGCAGCAAAGCACGUCAACAAGCAGCUGCAGAGGAUAUUCCUCCUUACAACCGGCCCUCCUUCCCCUCAGCACAAAGCCAGAAGGAGGCUCCCAGCUCCUCCAGCUCAGUGUCAUCCCGGGGCUCUGGGGGCAGGAGGCGGGGAGAUGUGGGCCUGGGGGGGCGCAGAAACCCUAGCGAAGCAGGACUCCCCAGCUUGGGGGCCUUUUCUCCCCAGGAAGAAGAGUUAGAGCUGCUGGAGAGCUGAGGGUCCAGUCAGGACAAGAGAAAGGAUCCUGAUGGCCGAGUGGAGCCCAUCUUACUGUGGACCAUACACGAUUCAGACCAUCUACAGUCAUUCACAAUUAUGUACUUCAUCGGAUCUGUCUUUACAGAAAAAAAGGACUGACCAAUGUGUAAUGUUUUCUUUUUUUUUUAUCUGUUUCAAUAUUUAAUCUUUCCAGCGUGAGGAACAAAGAGGAACAAUUGGAUGCUUUAGAGGGUUUUUUUGAGUAGGUGAUUUUUUCUGCUUUAAAGCCCCAUUGCUUGGUGUGAGUUUGUGGAGAGCAGGUGUGUUCUCACAGCAGGGGUCCUGAGCGUUAUGGGAGUGUAACAGAAACUGUGUGUGGGAGCAUCAGAGGACCAUCAGUACAAACAGAAGUUUUCUUCACUCUUCUACUGUGAUCCAGUACUUCAGUAUGGUCAAUAUGGUCUUCCCUCUCACGGCUCUCCAGACUUCUUUUCUGCAUCGGGUUACGAGGGUCACUAUUGUAAAUUUACCAAAUCAUUGAGUCAAUGAAAGAAGUGCUGCCGUGGGAUUUGUUUUUAUAAUGCACUGUUGUCAUUUUGUUAUUGAUGUUAUUGUUAUUGUAUUUUUUUUUUACUUUUUUAUUUCAAACUUUGGUUUCAAAAGCACAAUCACUAAACUUUUUAUUUUAAACCAUUCUUAUGUAUGGAGCGUUCCACAUUUAUAUGGUGAAGAUGACUUCUUGUUAAUCGUGUGUAUGAGGCUGGAUGAAAGGAAAGGCUUAUUUGCUUCAUUUUUAUUUCUGCAAAUGAACAAGAUGGAAAUGGGACAACUCUCUUUUAUUUUUUCUCACACAAAAACCAUGUAAUCACGUUAUCCGCAUAGGGAUAGACCAUGGAGUAGCAAUUUGUCAUCUCAUAACCAAUGACAAUGUUACAUUCAUUGAGACAAAUGCACUUAAAUAAGGAUGAAACAAGAAAAUGUGCAAUGGGCGAUAUCUUUUAGAUUUUAGAAGUCUUGGGUUACGAGUGUCCUUUCCAUUUUGUGUUGAGGAGUGAGGUGAUCUUGCAGGAGCACUGUUGUUGUAAUACGAAUGUCUGCCACAGCCAAACAGCAAGUCUUUUGGAUUUUUAUCUGCCCAGCCGUUGGGCUUGGCUCUUUCUAUGCUGUACAGGAGUAAAGCAGGACUUCAUUAUGGGAAUGGAAGUGAGGAAUACCCGAAAUGAGGGUUUGCCAUGGUAUUCCGAGGCAUCGCUGUGCUCUCCUAGCACAUAGCUGCUUCUAUGGUUUGGACUCAUGCUAUUGCAGUACCUUUUUUUCAAUUAAUGAACAUUUGUGUGUGAGAAUAUGUUCUCUAAGGAAAAAAAAACUUGUGCUGUCCAUCAUUGUUUGGUGUUUACUAUGUUAAGAUAAAGUACAACUGCUUUAAAUUGUCAGCCAAAUUUUCAUGACUGAUGAGCUCAUAUUUAGAGUAAAAUUAAACAUUGUCAUUUCCCACCUUAUUUAUUAUUAAAACAUUUUUCAGAUGCCA